AUGUCUGUUCGAUACAGCACAACCAAGCAAUACUCUUCCUCCCGCAGCGGAGGAGGAGGAGGAGGAGGAUCAUCCCACAGAAUUUCGAGCAGCAAAGGCUCCCUUGGUGGAGGAUUUAGCUCAGGGGGGUUCAGUGGUGGCUCUUUCAGCCGUGGGAGCUCUAGUGGGGGGUGCUUUGUGGGCUCAAGUGGCUAUGGAGGAUUAGGAGGAGGUUUCGGUGGAGGUAGCUUUGGUGGAGGCUAUGGAAGCAGCAGCUGUGGUGGGGGCUAUGGAGGUGGGGGCUAUGGAGGAGGCAGCUUUGGAGGAGGCAGCUUUGGAGGUGGCAGCUUUGGAGGCGGCAGCUUUGGAGGUGGCUUUGGUGGAGGUAGCUUUGGAGGAGGUUAUGGUGGUGGAUUUGGCGGAGAUGGUGGCCUUCUCUCUGGAAAUGAAAAAGUAACUAUGCAGAAUCUGAAUGACCGCCUGGCCUCCUACUUGGACAAAGUUCGGAUUCUGGAACAAUCAAACUAUGAGCUGGAAAGCAAAAUCAAGGAGUGGUACGAAAAGAAUAGUAACUCAGGCCAGGGAGAGUCUCGUGACUACAGCAAAUACUACCAAACCAUUGACGACCUUAAGAAUCAGAUCCUCAACCUAACAACUGACAAUGCCAAUGUCCUGCUUCAGAUCGACAAUGCCAGGCUGGCAGCUGAUGACUUCAGGCUGAAGUAUGAGAAUGAGGUAGCCCUGCGCCAGAGCGUGGAGGCCGACAUCAAUGGCCUGCGCAGAGUGCUGGAUGAGCUGACCCUGACCAAGGCUGACCUGGAGAUGCAGAUCGAGAGCCUGACUGAAGAGCUGGCCUACCUGAAGAAGAACCAUGAGGAGGAAAUGAAAGACCUUCGAAACGUCUCCACUGGUGAUGUGAAUGUUGAAAUGAAUGCUGCCCCAGGUGUUGAUCUGACUGAACUUCUGAAUAACAUGAGAAGCCAAUAUGAACAACUUGCUGAACAAAAUCGCAAAGAUGCUGAAGCCUGGUUCAAUGAAAAGAGCAAGGAAUUGACUACAGAAAUUGAUAAUAACAUUGAACAAAUGUCCAGCUAUAAAUCUGAGAUCACUGAAUUGAGACGUAAUGUUCAAGCUCUGGAGAUAGAACUACAAUCCCAACUGGCCCUGAAACAAUCCCUGGAAGCCUCCUUGGCAGAAACAGAAGGUCGCUACUGUGUGCAGCUCUCACAGAUCCAGGCUCAGAUCUCUGCUCUGGAGGAACAGCUGCAACAGAUUCGAGCUGAAACCGAGUGCCAGAAUACUGAAUAUCAACAACUCCUGGAUAUUAAGAUCCGACUGGAGAAUGAAAUUCAAACCUAUCGCAGCCUGCUAGAAGGAGAGGGAAGUUCCGGCGGCGGACGCGGCGGCGGAAGUUCCGGCGGCGGCUACUACGGCGGAAGUUCCGGCGGCGGCUACGGCGGCAGUUCUGGCGGCGGCCACAGCGGCAGUUCUGGCGGCGGCUACAGCGGCGGAAGCUCCGGCGGUGGAGGCCACGGCGGCAGCUCUGGCGGCGGCGGCGGCUACGGCGGCGGAAGCUCCAGCGGUGGAGGCCACAGCAGCAGUUCCGGCGGCGGCUACGGCGGCAGCAGCUCCGGCGGAGGCCACAAGUCCUCCUCUUCCGGUUCCGUUGGAGAGUCCUCCUCUAAGGGACCAAGAUACUAACAAAACCAGAGUAAUCAAGACAAUUAUUGAAGAGGUGGCACCUGAUGGUAGAGUCCUUUCAUCUAUGGUUGAAUCAGAAACAGAGAAACACUACUACUAAGCUGCAUAAAGAGGAAAGAGUCUCCCUUCACACAGGCCAUUACAUACAGCUUCAAGGAAAACUAAGUCUCCAAGAAGACACAUCAGUCUUAACGGUCUAUGGGAACAGGUUCUCUCCUUGAAAAUAAGGUGUCUAAAAUGUGUUUUGUGCUUUCUGUAUUUCUUCUUUUCACUUUGCCAGAAAGUGUUCUUUAAUGAAAAAAAAAGAAACUUUCUGUGCUCAUUUACUGAUGAAUUUCAAUAAACUUUCUUACUGAUGCAAACUA